AUGUCGUGCCGUUUCUCCGGCAUUGCAACAUCUCCCGAGGGCCUCUGGCAAAUGCUGUCCAAAGGACUUACAGGGUGGGCAACUAGCGGGAAGAACCGAUUCUGUCUGGAGUCGUUCUGGCAUCCUCAAUCAGAUCUUAACGGCUCGUUCAAUACUCGUGGAUUCCAUCUCCUCAACCAGGAUCCGGCAUUAUUCGACGUUGCAUACGAAGCUUUUGAAGAUGCCGGAAUUCCCUUGGCAGAUCUGGCAGGUUCCGAUACGGCCGUAUACUGUGCUGUGUCGCAUCAUGACUACGAGAAAAUCUUGGGUAGAGAUCCGGAGGUGUCACCAAAAAAAAGAUAUCGGUUCACAGGAACGGGGCCAUCAAUACUCGCAAACCGCGUGUCUUACUUUUUUGACUUGCACGGGCCUAGUAUGGCCAUCGAUACGGCCUGUUCCAGUGGCUUGGUUGCCAUACAUCAAGCCUGCCAAUCGAUUCGUACUGGAGAAGCUAAACAGGCUCUCGUUGGAGGCGUAAAUCUUAUUCUUGAUCCCGACCAAGUCAGCAUAAUGUCGUCCAUGUCAUUUUUAUCUGCUCAUGGGCGCUGCUACUCUUUUGAUUCUCGCGCAGAUGGUGAAGCACAAAUGAACAUGAUCAACAAAGUCUACAAACAGGCAGGCCUGAACCCGAGCGACACAGCUUAUGUCGAAGCACAUGGAACUGGAACGACUGUUGGGGACAAACUUGAAGCCGCUGCCCUGCGAGAUACGUUUUGCAAAAACCGUAGAGAAAGAACAACUCCUUUACUCAUCGGCUCUGUCAAGGCCAAUAUCGGCCACACAGAAAGCGUGGCCGGGCUAGCAGGUCAAGGCGCUCAGUGGGCAGGCAUGGCUUGCGGCUUGCUCUCCACAAGUCCGGUCUUCAAGCAGUCUAUGCAACGAUCCGAGGAGACGCUGCUGCAGUUAGGUGCCAAUUGGCAGCUGAUCCAAGAGCUGUCCAAGCAGGACGGCAGUCGGAUCAAUGAAGCCGAGCUGUCCCAGCCGGUUUGCACUGCCGUUCAGGUCGGGUUGGUAGACAUGCUAGCAGCCUGGAACGUGUUUCCUGCGGGCGUUGUUGGACACAGCUCCGGCGAAAUCGCCGCUGCUUAUGCUGUCGGAAUGCUUUCGGCCGAAGACGCACUGAGCGUUGCAUAUCAUCGCGGCAUGCACGUUAGGAGGCUAAAGGAACUCUAUCCUGAUCUCCACGGUGCCAUGCUCGCGGCGGGUAUCUCGGCAGCCGACGCGCAGGCUUACCUUGUGGACGAUCCUAGCGCUGGAAAGGCCAUCGUUGCUUGCGAAAACUCUCCUUGCAGUGUGACAAUUUCCGGGGAUGAGAAGGCCGUGUCAAUUGUUCAAGGGAAGCUGGCAGCAGAUCAGCUCUUCAAUCGCAGUCUCGUCGUUGAGGCAGCGUACCAUUCUCACCAUAUGGAGCUCGUUCAAGAACUGUAUUGGGCCUCGAUACAAAAUGUCCAAUGUAGUCGACGCCGGCGCGAUGUCCAUAUGAUCUCAUCCGUCUAUGGCGAGGAGGUCCAAGAUGCCGAUCUAGAUGCCCACUACUGGUGCAAGAAUCUGACAUCCCCCGUCCGUUUUGCUGAUGCUCUAGCUAAACUUCUCCGAUUAACCCGAGAUAAAGACCAAGGUGCGGUCGUAAUUGUCGAAAUUGGCCCUCACUCGGCAUUGGCUGACUAUCUCUCAGUUCUUGUCCGCAAACAAGAUGCCAGCAACACAGCCAUCACAGCAGCUGGCAGGCUCUUCCAACUCGGAUAUGUCAGUCUUGACCUAGAUACCAUCAACGAUCCACAUGGCAACGCCGAGAAACGCAUCCUCUCCGACCUGCCACGGUACGGCUGGACGCAUAAGACGGAGCAUUGGAGCGAAUCCCGCCGCAGUGCAAAAUACCGACUCCGCAAGUUCCCAAGGCACGACCUCCUGGGAACUGCCGCCAUGGAUAGCCUCUCAGAAGAGCCGACGUGGAGAAACUACCUGCGCCUCCAGGAGCAGCCAUGGCUGGUGGGACACUCGAUCGGAGGGUCGAUCGUGUUCCCUGCCGCCGGGUACCUGGUCAUGGCACUGGAGGCUCUCAAACAGGCUACCUUGCAAGGCUCAAAGCCCUGGAAGAAUUUGCGAGUCAUGUUCCAGAAUUAUCAGCAAUCUCACUGCAUCCAUCCUUCGACGUUGGAUCUCUGCUUCCAGUCGGCCUUCCUCAUCAUGAAAACAGCAGGACUCCUCGGCAGCUCUACUGUGGUUGCCUCUAUCAAUAGUCUAGAACUCCAUACCGAGAUUCCUUCCAAGCCGGGGCAGGAGCUGCAUGUCUCGACCAAGCUACAACAGCACGGUCGCUCCAAAGUGAUCACAGACACAGCUGCUGGAACAUCCCAGCGCCCCGAAGGAGAAUCUCUUACCCAUCGAAUCGAAUGGUCGAUUGAUGCCGAUUUGGCCGAUUCAGGAACCGUCAUCAAGCACUGUCAACUCGAACAGGCAGAGCUGAUGUUAAGUGGACCCAAUCGCAUCUGCGAAGAGUACGCCAAGAUUCUCGUUCAGCAAACGAUCGCGUUGGUUGAACGUAUAGAGGGCGAGCAGCUCAAGAUAAAUGGACAUUUUGUCAAAUUGCUUGAGUGGAUGAGGGCGGUCAGCAGUACCAAUCCGCCUGCCACUGCCACAGCCGUAAAUGCCACAGUCGUAAAGAACCUGGAAGAACAAGUCAAAGCAACUGGUGCUCUCGGCGAGAUGCUCGUCCACAUUGGCCCACAUCUCAUAGAUGUUCUCCAGGGGGAUACCGAGGCCUUGGGAUUACUCCAGGAGGAUGAUCGCCUCUAUGGCAUGUACAGCUACGAGAACUAUGAUAGGUGUCACCGGCAGCUCGCCAAAUACGUCCAGCUCUUGCAGUUCAAGAAUCCGAAUCUGAGAAUUCUUGAAAUCGGUGCCAGAACAGCGAGCACCACUGUAUGGAUCCUGGAGGCUCUGUCCGCGGCGUCACCCGACUCGUCGGGAAGGCCCAAGCUGGGUGGGUAUACCUUUACUGACAUCUCCUCUGGCUUCUUCGCCAAAGCCCAGGAUAAACUCAGCAAGUACGGCGAGUUGAUGGAGUUCCAGAAGCUCGACAUCGAGCAACCCCCAGCUCAGCAGGGCAUCCAGCUGGGCUCGUACGAUCUGAUCAUUGCGACCAACGUCCUCCAUGCGACUCGUGACGUGGGAAACACCCUGCAUAACGUUCGUAGCCUGCUGAAGUCUGGUGGCCGCCUGGCCCUCCUGGAGUUCACGGUCCCAACUGUGCACACCGGCUUGAUCUUUGGCAUGCUUCCGGGCUGGUGGCUGUCCGACGAUGGCCGGAAGGGGGGUCCACUCGACGUAUCUACCUGGGACGAGAGCCUUCGCUGUUGUGGUUUCUCAGGGGUCGAGGUGGAACUCCCUGAUUUCUACACAAGAGCUGAGCACGAAUUGAGUCUUUUAAUAUCGACAGCGGGCCAAGAAGAAAGGCCACUGGAUGUUGAGCCUACCGUAUCGGAUGAUCUCAACACCCCAGAUGCAGGAACGGUAGCAACAACAAUAAGUUCCAGCUCACCACCCAAGGAGGAGUUUGAUGACGGUCGAAUCGUGCACAUCGUACACGGCGAGUCCGAAGAACGCGUCGCCGACCACCUCACGAAGCUAUUUCGCGGAGUCAAAAUUCCUGCGAAGAAAAUUGACCUGGCUACUUGUCAAGUGGACUACGGCCAGCCCGUGGUGGUACUCCUGGAAGUGAAAGGCCCAUUCCUGGCUAUAUGCUCGGAGAGUGAAUGGGAGCGAGUGCGGCAACUGUGUCACCUGUCAACAGUAGUACUCUGGGUCACCGCUGGAGCUGCUAUUGAAAGCUCCAACCCGAUGUCGUCUCUUAUCACCGGACUCUCCCGUUGCCUCAGAUCCGAAGACCACUCUACCAGAUUCAUCACGCUAGAUCUCGAAGCCAAGUCAGAUCUAGAGCAGACUCUGGGAUGGGAGCUCGCUGCUUGUCGGUGCAUCUUUAAAAUCUCUCAGCGAGUUUUCCACGGCCCAGAUACAAAGCGGGAGCCACUGAUCGAGGAAUGGGAGUACGCCAUUCGCGAGGACGAAAUUCUGAUCCCCCGCCUCGUCGCAGAUCACCACAUGGACAGCUACAUCCGUGACAGCGUGUCUCACUACCACCCGCGGCAGGAUAAAAAGGGUCUCCGAUCAGGCCGCGCCCUGGGCCUGAACAUUCAUAUGCCGGGGCUCCUAGACACGCUAUACUGGGAAGACUCAGAUAGGCACUCGCGGCCUGUCGGAUCAGAGGAGGUUCGAGUGGAGCUCGACUUCAUCUCGCUCAACUUCAAGGACGUCAUGACCGCCAUGGGACAGCUGGGUGGUCACUUGGCUUUGCUCCUAGAGGGUAGCGGCAGGGUUGUCGAAAUCGGGGAGGGCGCCUCGGGCAUGUUUGCCGUCGGGGAUGCAGUCUACGUGCUCGACUUUGACGGCGUCGCGACGACGUCCAACAUUCACUGCUCCAACGUCCAUCGGAUGCCUCCAGAUGUGAACCUCGAGAUGCCUGCCGCGGUCGGCAUCGCCUACGCAACAGCGUACUACUCCUUGGUUAGCCGGGGACAUCUCCAAGCCGGGGAGAGGGUCCUGAUCCACUCAGGGGCCGGCGCCGUCGGUCAGGCGGCGAUUACGUUGGCGCAGAAGAUGUGCGAGGCUGGCGAGAUAUUUGUGACAGUGGGCAGCGACGAGAAGCGCGAAUUUGUCAAGAACAGGUUUGGCAUUCCGGAGGAGAACAUAUUCUCCAGCCGCGGGCUCGAUUUCUACCAAGGCAUCCUCCAGCGCACCGCAGGCGAGGGCGUAGACGUCGUGUUAAAUUCGCUCAGCGGCGAAUCUUUGCAGAAAAGCGUCCAACUCCUAAGCCCUCUGGGCAGGUUUGUCGAGAUUGGUAAGAAAGAUCUGUUGUCUUCGGAAUCCAGGCUAGAGAUGCGGCACCUCGAAAGGAACAUCCAAUUCUCGACGGUGGACUUGACGCUACUCGGGCGAAGACAGCCAGCUCAGCUCCGCGAGAUUUUCGCCACAGUAUUGGACCUGGUCACUCGGGAUAAGAUUGCCAUUAUCAAUCCCAUAAAGGCUAAAUCCAUUUCCGAAACGGAAGAAACCUUCAGAUUAAUGCAAGCCGGGCAGCACAUGGGAAAGCUACUGCUCAGAGUCGACCCUGAGGCAUACAUCCCCGUACAACCCCCGAAACCAACAGCUGGAGCCAUGGUCUCCGGUACUUGGAACAUACAUGAAGUCUUUGGAGAUACGCUCGACUUUUUUGUUCUCUUUUCGAGCAGCGGCGGCAUCAUCGGGUCUUUCGGCCAAGGCAACUACUGCGCGGGUAAUACUUUCCAAGACGCCUUUGCUCGUUAUCGAACAGGAAUGGGUCUGCCAGGCCGUUCAAUCGAUAUUGGGUUCGUAGAGGGCGAAGGCUACACUGCGGAAAAUGAAGUCGCGGCAGACUUUGUCAGGCGCCAGGGCUUGACGUCGUACCGACUCCAAGAGUUCCUGGUGACGGUCGAAGAGGCGAUCAAAAGACCCGUCGGGGCUGCCCCGGCCGAAGCUCAACUACUCUGCGGCAUAAGUAGGGCUGACCCGGCUUCUAGCUCACAAGAGGCGGCUCUGCAGAGGCCAGACCCUAAAUUUUCCCACAUUUGGAGGAAGCAGGGUGCUGCGUCUCAGGACCAGCGAACUUCAGCAGCAUCUGCCAGCCAGAUCGAUGUCCAGGCCGCCCUACGCAGUUGCACAAGCGCUGCCGAAGCAUCGGAAAUGACCCUGCAGGCCGUCAAAAUGAAGCUUGCCCGCCUCCUGGCUGUCCCAGCCAAGGAUAUCUUGGUCGACCGGUCGGUUGCGAGUCAUGGCAUGGACUCGCUCGUGGCGGUGGAGCUUCGCAACUGGAUCUCGGCUUUCCUGGAGGCGCACGUCCAGACGGUUGAGCUUAUGAGCUCCAUGUCCUUUACGAAUCUGGCAUUGCUCAUCGCCAAGAGGAGCCACUUAAUCCAGCCUAGGGUGUUUGCCGACUAG